AUGGAGCACGUAAAGAGGAAUCAGAAGUCGAACUCUCACAAUACGCAACCAGUUCGAAUAAUCAAUGCAAUCCACGGUUGGCCUGAGCCUACUGAGGAGUCAGAUGAAUUGCUUCGAACACGCCUUCGUCAGGCAACGAUGAAGAGAAUGAUGGGCAAUGUAAACACUCUGCACCAACAGAGCCCAUCAACACAGAUAAAGUUUGACAGAAUAGAUCUAUUGCAUGCUCAGAUCCCCCAUGAGGACCCGUUGGUCAUCAGUUUAAUAGUGGGCGAAUGUUUAGUACGCAGAGUUCUGAUUGAUCCUGGAAGUAGUGUAAAUGUCAUGCCGAGGGACACAUUUGAUCGGCUCAAGAUUAAGCCUGAUCGGCUCAAGCCCACUGGGAAUCCUUUGCUAGGGUUUGAUGGAAAACGAGUGGAGCCCAUCGGUACGGUGGAGGUAGCAGUACAUGCUGCAGAGAGGGUUCUGAUGGAGACAUUUGUAGUUGUCGAGAUUCAUCCCUCUUACAACCUUCUGAUGGGCAGAGGGUGGAUCCACAGAGUUCAAGGUGUUCCCUCCACUCUGCAUCAAGUAAUGAGAUACCUGGGGCAGACGGAGCCAAGGUAA